UCUGCUGGUGCUACACCUCAAUAAAAAUUCCUAUAAGCCCAGUUGCUCUUCCACUCCUAACAAAUACAUACUUGGCUCGUCUUCUUAAAAAUAUUACCUAUAUUUCGGUUUCCCACGUCAGCUUUAAUAAAAUUGAUUCAAAAUGGCUAAUCACGAUGCAGAAUUACUUGUAGAGUACGAUUUCAAGCCUCGACCAACAUUAAAACUGGCACAUACGAAAUCAGAGGCCAGGUUAUUUAAAAGCAUUUUACUGCGAAAAAUGUACAACAAAGUUUGGCACAGGUACACCGUUCUGCCGAACGUUGAAGGACAAAAGUACACGAUCGGCAACCCAUUCAUCACCGGGGUAGAAAAAAUCAGCUUCACAUGUCUCCCAUUAUAUGAAAAAGGAUGGAAGCUUCCUGACACAAGUCUGAAAAUGGUCACCCUGUGUGAAAUUCUUUGUGUCGGAGGCAGCUUUUUCGUCACACCGAUAAAAGUUGGGGCUGUCUGUAUAAACGGCGUCAAACUUGAUGGCACGACUUUGCUGAACUUUGGAGACACUCUAGCACUUCGUAAGCUGCUAGAGGAGAGGGUUUGGAAGCGUCUUACAUGGGAUGAAGGGUGGAACGGUGACAGUUCAACAAACAGUAAAUCAGGCCGCCGUGGAAAGAGAGAUAUUAAUAAUUGGCAAACAUUCCUAUUCUCGGAACGAGAAUUGGACCCGGAAGCAUUCAAUACUUUACACGCUAUGAAUUUCAAGCCUCGUGACGAUUCCUCAUUCCUCACCACGUUCGACGAGCGAAGGAAGUUAAACGAGGACAAAAUCGCCAAGUGCGUCGAAUUUUAUGGAAACUUUCACCCUGGCGCUAACGAGCUGAUAUUGUCUCGAAUUCUCAUCCAUCUCAACUUUGUCGAGCUCAAAAGUGUGCGCCUAGUUUCAAGAUUGUUUAAUCAAGAAGCCAUCAUACUUAUUAAGAAGCGGGGUUACGCCAGACUUGACUUUGGCACAUAUACCCAUACAAAUUUGAUGACUUAUUUUCGGUACGUGAAUGAAAUGCGGGACUGUCUCAUGCCCUCGUGGAAGCUUAAACUUUUCAAAAUCAAUGAACCGCAUCAAUUUGUAAGAAAGCAUCUCUAUUUGUCCUCGUUACAGAGAAAAUUUCAGUACGAUAUAAACCACCUGCUUACAAAUUUAAAUAGUUACGUGACCAUAUUGAAAUUAAGCGGCCCUAUUUACUCCUCGUUGGAUUGGGAGUUUAGGAUGCAAAUACUUGAUAAACUUUCGGGAACCUUGGUAGAAAUAUGUUUCUCGGGUAAUUCCGGAACACGUGAUGUUAUAAAUCCUGCCAGAAUGGUAUACUUUCAGAAAAUACUGAAAUUUAGACCGUUGCAAAAAUUUGUCUUGUGCUUGGAUAGAAGGAGUAGAUGGCUAAACCGACCAAAUUUUGACUUUAUUCCUCCGAACGGUCAUAUCCUAACAGUUUCAGGGAUCAGGUCAUUACAUUUAGAUUCAGAGAAAAUAUGGACCCACAUGUUUAUUAAUUUGUCCGCUUCAUUUCCAAAUCUGGAAGAGGUCACGAUCCAUUCGCUGUCUUUAAUAGGGUUACAAUUUCUCUUCAAGUUAGCCAGACCCCUGAUGACAUUGAUCUUGACAGGAUUUCUCGACUUUGGGCGUGAACAUCUCCCCCAGUUUGAACAACUACUUGAGAAACAUUCAAAAUCAUUAGUAACGCUGGAAUUCAUACUUCCAAAAUUUGGGGAGAUUGCCAUGCCUCUCCCGGUUUUCGAUAUCUUGAUUAAUUUAAAAAUAGGGUUUCCAACCGAGCGAAGGUUGUGUACGACGAUUGAGUUUGGAGCGGAUAAAAUUCCACCGUUUGAUAAACAUUUGGCAUCACUGAAAUCUUUAACUCUUUGGAUGGCGAGGGAUCAAACAAUUGGUUUUAAUGCUAUUGUUUGGAAAGAGUACGGUGUCUUGUUUGAGGCUUUUUUCCCGCUCGGAGAUGAUAUCGAGGUGGUUCCGAGGUACACGAGUUUGAGGGUUCUCGAUAUUCCGUAUGAACAAUCCAUGUAUUCAGAUUUGGAGAGAAGGAAUGGAAUUGUAUUACCGAGAGGGGCUAAGCUUGCCGCAAUGUUUCCUAACGUGGUGAACAAGUGGAUGAACAAGAUACGGGGUAUAUGAUAAGAUAUGAACUUUGUUCAUACCUGAUCGGGGAACUGCUCCAAUUAAUAGUUAGGUUGAUAAUAAUUCUGUAAAGAAGAAAAUCAAACGAACCAGAUGCGUAGUUCUUUAAUGGUUUAGGCUCGGACGCUUUGGAAAUGGGGAAUAUGUAAAUCAAAUAUUUUCAAUAAGUUUACGAAGUAUUUAUUAGAUAAAAAAGCGACGACUACAUAAUUAAAUUACUGAUAAUGUGCAAAAAGUUGAGACAGAAUAAUGACAUGUCUCUAUAGGUUCCAUGAUUUCUAUUGUUUUGCAUGGAAUUACAAGAAAUUACAAGGAGAGAAGUUUGCAGAAAAUGGCAAAAACUUUUGUGGUGUGUUGGCUACUCUACAGAAUCUUGGCCAUGCUUAUCUUAUAAAGAUUAGUCAUAAGUAAAUAUUACAAGAAUUGUUGCAUAAAGACCAAAAAAUAAAAUAAAAUUUAAAUCAGAAUUUUGCUGUGAAUUAUUAACAAUUUCAAACCUAAUUUAGUCAAUGCAAUUUGUCAAAAAUCGUAUUCAAUUAAUUCCAUUGACGUUUUAUUAAUUAGGUUUAAAAAAUGUUGAGAUUAUAGUUACAUAUAAAUAAUAAUUGUUACAAGUGGAUUAUAUUAUCUUAAUCGUCAGUAAAUUUCGGUUAUGAACGAGAUAUCAAAUCAACAAGUCCGUUCUCCAUGAAAUCUUCAAUUAUUUUCUUCAGUUACAGAAACAAUACGUGCAACCACCCGCACUUUGGCAGCUUCCUCCCGUACUUCCCGCCUUAAUGCAAGCAUUGCUACAUGAACUUCCAGACAAUUGGCAGAGACGACUUCCUCCCGUGGGUGACCCGAAAACUAGAGAAAAAGUAAUUACGAACAAUUAAUUAUAUUUAAUUGCUGCAUAAAAUAUGCAAAUCAAGUCUUGCUCACAGGUUUUAGCCAUUUUAUUUUCCGGCACAACUUCAUUUUGUCCUCUGUAUGCCGCUAUUUCACUGAUAAAGCUGGCUAUUACAGUGACCAAAAGGAAAUACGUGGAAAAUUUGCACAUUAUGGGAAUAUUUCUUUAGAAAUUCUGGUAAGAUGCGGUAACGGGACUUGAGCAGAACUGACAAAUUUUUUGAUAGGAUGAACAAUUUAUACGGAUUAGAUCCAGAUGUAAAGAGAAAUUUGCGACCAACUUAAUUUCUCGCAGAAUAUUGGUCUAAUUUUUAUCUGCAGAUUCGGCAACACAACUGUGCAAAUUCUGACUUACCUGAGCGGAAGUCUGAACUAAUCUGGAUUAAUCUAGAAAAUUGCAAAUUUGACCUAAAAAUUUGGCAAUAUUCGAAAUGCACAAUUUGAGUCCUUGUAGAAAGUAAAAGUAUUUGAUAAUCCUACUUCCAUGAUAACCAGAAAAAUCAGCAGCAGAUUUGGAUGUUUCCGGAUUUAUCCAGUUCCGUUUGGAUAAAUUUUCACACAUUCUCCACGUGCAGACAUGUUUACACAGUAGUUUUGAGACUAGCCAAAAAAAUCCAUGUACUUCAUUGGCUUAUAUUUUCCAUUUAAUCAUAAAAACAAACGGUAAAUAUUUACAGUCUGUGUCCUAAAAAUAAACCCAGUAUUUGACAACUUUUACGCAAAUUGUGUCAUUCGUCUCUAUUUUUAGGACACGUCUGCACACUGUGUAUAUAAAUUGUUUCCACUUUCUAAAAAAGUUUCAGUCAUCCCAAACACUUGAUUUAGUGACAAUUCCACCUGAAAAAUUUUCACGUAAUAAUGUGCAAAUCUUCAUCAAUUCUAACCUUAGGACUUGUCAGUCUUAUCUGCUUUACCACUGCGGUAAAUUCUGCAAGCAAACCCCAGAGUAAUUUGCAACCCACACAAGCAGAACUAGGGGAAACGCAAGACGACAGUAUGAGAUUCUUUUGGUCUCUGUUCGGCGUAUUUGGACGGCCAACGGGUGGAACCCGUCUCUGCCAAAUGUCUGGAACUGCUUGUAAUACUGGUUGUCAAAUUGGUGGCAGUACCGGAGGAACCUGCACGGUGGCUGGAGGUUGCACAUUUUGCAUGUGCAAUUAAAGUAAUUUAGUAAAAAAAAUCUUGAUAUAAACGGGUUUCGUUUUGUACUUAAAAAUUGAAUUUGAAACUAAUGUAAUACUUUUAUCUGGUUCGAUUAGAAAAAAAUAAUAAUUUGUUUCUUUAUAAAAUAUUUAAUUAUUUAAAAUACAUGUAAUGAUUUAUUAAUUUCUA